AGGUUAUGGCCAGGCUCAGUCGGUGCUGGCGUGAAAGCGGCCCGAGGAGGAGAGUAAAGAGUAACGCGGGGGGAGCGCUUUCUGCUUGAGUCCAGGAAGUCCGAAACCGCUACGUUUGCAAAAAAAAAAAAAACGAUGAGGAGCGGUGGAUGGGGCAGGGAAAAAAAAUCCACCCGGUUAACCUUUGAACCGUCUUCCUUCGCCUUCACAAGAAGUCACAAGACGAACUCCCGUAUGGUUUCACGAAUGACAGUCCUAACGAGACAACACGUUCAGAGCAAAGCCAGAAGGAAGACAGACACAUCAUGUCCUCUGUCCAUUUCAGUCCGGGGUUGGAUUCAGGUGUAAAUGGUGACAUGGCAAAGAUGGAGGAUGCUAGAGUGGAGAUUGAUGAUGGAAAGGAGGAGAGUGUGGUGCCAGACACAAUGUACCACGGUAUCCGAAAGAAGAUCACGCCUUUUGUAAUGUCCUUUGGAUUUCGUAUAUUUGGAGUGAUACUGAUCGUAGUGGACAUUGUGCUGGUGAUUGUGGACCUUUCACUGCCGGCCAGGAGCAGAGAGGUUGGAAAUAUCCUAGAGGCCGUGUCCCUCAUCAUCUCCUUCUUCUUCCUCGUCGACGUCCUCCUGCGGGUCUAUGUGGAAGGGUUCAAAGUGUACUUCAGCUCCAAGCUGAACAUCGUAGAUGCCUGUGUUGUGGUGGUCACCCUGGUGAUCACCAUGAUCUACACCUUCACCGAUCUGUCAGGCGCCAGCCUCAUCCCCAGGGCGCUGACGUUUCUUCGUUUCAUGAGAAUAAUAAUCCUGGUGAGGGUUUUCAGACUGGCAGCUCAGAAGAAAGAGCUGGAGAAAGUCACCAGGAGGAUGGUUUCUGAGAACAAGCGACGUUAUCAGAAGGAUGGAUUUGACCUUGACCUUACCUAUGUCACAGACCGUGUCAUCGCCAUGUCUUUCCCCUCUUCUGGGAAGCAGUCCUUCUACAGGAAUCCAAUCGGGGAGGUGGCCAGGUUCCUGGACGCUAAACAUGAUGGCCACUAUAAAGUUUACAACCUGUGCAGUGAGAAAGGUUACGACCCCCAGUUCUUCCACUACAGAGUUGAGCGGGUGUUCAUUGAUGACCACAAUGUCCCCUCCUUGGAGGACAUGCUGAAAUACACAGCAAACGUGAGGGAGUGGAUGUCUGCUGAUCCCAAGAACAUUAUUGCAAUUCACUGUAAAGGAGGGAAAGGACGCACAGGUACUAUGGUGUGCACCUGGCUCAUUGACAGUGACCAGUUUGAAAGUGCACAGGACAGUCUGGAGUAUUUUGGCGAGAGGAGGACAGACAAGAGUCGGAGCUCCAAGUUUCAGGGAGUGGAGACUCCCUCUCAGAGCCGGUAUGUGGGUUACUACGAGAUCAUGAAAACCAAGUUCAACAGACAGCUGCCUCCACCUAAAAGCCUCAGGAUCAAGAGCAUCCGCAUCCACUCCAUAGCAGGUGUGGGUAAAGGUGAUGGCAGCGAUCUCAAGGUGAAGAUAAUUGCAAAGAAAGAGCUGGUUUUUCAAUGUGUGUGCGCCAAACAGGAGAACUGCACAGUAUUUCCCGACGUGGGCAGUAAUGCAGCAGUCAUCAGCCUGCAAAAUGGGCCUGUGGUUGAAGGCGAUGUGAAGGUCAUGUUUGAAUCAAGUGCUGGUCUUCCAAAAGGAUACGAAGAUGUUCCGUUCUACUUCUGGUUCAAUACCUCCUUCAUAGAGGAUAACAAGCUGUUUCUACCCAGGGAGGAACUUGACAACCCACACAAACCCAAGACCUGGGACCUCUACAAGGAGGACUUUGGUGUAACGAUGUUCUUCUCGGAACAAUAAUAAAAGCCCUCGAGAAAGAUGAAGAGGAAAAAAUGGCUUGUUACAGUUGUUUAUUUCAUGGUUGCUGAGCAGAAACUGGUAGAUCUGACACUAACUCAAAAAAUGAAAAGGCUCACUUAAAAUUGAAGAGAGGCAUAAUAUUACUUAUGUUCAGACCUCAUGAUAGAGUGCCGUAGGGACCUCCACCGAGCCAAAUCAUUUAGACUGCAGUGUUGAUCUGAUGAGUUGUGGCUCUUAAACUGAAAUGUAUAAUGUAUAUGUGAGGAAGUACCAUCAAAUAUCUAGUAAUGUCUUCCAGUGAAUUAGUUGAUAUCUGUAUGUGUGGUGACUCUUUUGGGUAUCCUAAAACACUGAAAAGUCUGAAAAAGAAUCAAAAAACAUUUGCACCUGACGAAAUUAAAAUGCUUAAUUCUAAUACAAUGAGAAGCAA